AUGGAAACUUUCAAUAUUCGAAAUAGUGUCCAUAUAGAUUUGUUGGAACCAUUAAUUACAAUCAGUGUAGUAUUUAUUUGUUUAUACAUGAUUAUAAGUACUGAAAACCCUGCAUAUUAUUUAAUCAGAAGUUUUUUUUUUAAGAGCAAGAUAUUUUUUUGGGAAAUAAAAGAUAUUUUUACAAAUAUUAAUUUUUUUGCUCUUACCUUUUCAUCCUUUUUUUUUGUUUCGUAUCAUAUUUCACAAGUAUUAAGUCAUAAAAAUAUCAAGCCCCUUUUUUGUGUCAAUUACGACUAUUACGACAGAAUUCUUAAUUACAACUUGAAAGAUGUAAAUAUCAAGUUCAUGUUUCAAAAUGGCAUUAGCGAAAAUUAUUUUAUUAAUUUUUUGCAUUCAUUUAAGUUCUUUUUUAAUAUAUAUUUUUUAAAUGACACCAGUUUUUUAAACACAGUCUUUACCUUCUUUUUCGUCUUCAUUCUUCUGUCUUUAUAUGCAAAACAAGUCAAUCGGGCUGUGUUCAUAAUCACCACCCUGGGAAAUGCAAUUAUAUCGGGAUUCGUUCUAGUGUUUUUUUUAAAAAAAGUUUUAAACGUUGAAUAUAACCAAUGUGGUGAAGAAAUAUUUUCUUUCCUAUUUUUAAUAUUCUUUUACAUAAGCAACCCAUACUUAAGUGUUUUCCAGUACAAUGACAGAAGCCUUCAUCCAUACCACGGCACAGAAUUACGAUUGUACAUUCACUUAUUAUUUUUUGUAAGAUAUGUAAUCUAUAAUGGGGAGUUUUAUGAAAUCAAGGCGCUAGUAUCUGUACUAAUAUAUUUUACUAUGUUCCUCAGACAGAUAAUGGAUAGCUUUGAGGUACAAACAUUCAUGAAGAUUCUGUGGUUGGUAGCUUAUUAUUUGGUUAAUAAUUACAUCCCAUUUGCAUUUUCGGGAAAUUUUACCCUGUCCAAAAUUUUUGAUUCAAAUAUAGGGGACGUGUUACGCAACGAGUUUAAGAACAACUUUUCUCUCUAUCACUUCAACAUCAUUUCAAGAAUACCAUUUAACUACUUAAUAAGCAAACUUUCAUUUUUCUGGAUCCCUUACAUUCUACUAACGAAAGAUAACAAAAAUCUCAAGUAUGUGAUAAUGCUCCUGAUUAUUAUUAAUUUGAUAGCCACAUGUACCUACUUGACCAAUAAUACCUUUCCUGGAAUCCCACUCAACAUGUUACUUUUAUAUUCCUUAAGUAAAAUUGGAAUUUAA